AUGAUCGAAUGUUUUCCAGAAGAUCCGGAUUUCCCAGGUGAAGACAUAAGUUCUGUAAAUGAAUAUUUGAAAGAAAAUGGAAAUAUGGGAUCAGAUACUUUGGAUUUUGAGGAACAUUCAAUGACCAUUGAAGGAUCGAUAUCUGAUGGGUAA